GUGAAUCAGUCUGUCUCUGGUUUUGGAGCAGGUCAUUGGGACUCACGCCGCGCUACAGUAUGACAUUGCCGGGGUUUGUGAUGCUGCUAUGCAUCUUGGGAGCUCAAGCCACUGUGGAUCUGAGACAGGCUGCUGCUAUGGCUGCAGGUCUGUGUAACACCAAGCCCACUGAUGUGGUGUUCAUCGUCGACAGCUCUCGAAGCGUCCGGCCCUCUGAGUUCGAGCAGGUUAAAGUCUUCCUGGCCAAAGUGAUCGAUGGUUUGAGCGUCGGGCCGGACGCCACUCGUGUGGGUGUGGUGAACUACGCCAGCAGAGUGAAGAACGAAGUCUCUCUGAAAUCCCACAAAACCAAGGCUGCGCUGGUCAAGGCCGUGUCCAAGAUUGAGCCGCUGUCCACUGGCACCAUGACUGGACUCGCUAUCCAAUUUGCAAUGAAUGUGGCCUUCAGCGAAGCCGAGGGAGGACGCAAAUCCCCUGACAUCAGCAAGGUGGCCAUCAUUGUGACAGACGGCAGACCGCAGGACAACAUCCGUGACAUUGCAGCGAGAGCGCGGGAGGCCGGCAUUGAGAUAUUUGCCAUCGGAGUGGGCCGCGUUGACAUGACCACCCUCAGGCAGAUGGCCAGCGAGCCCCUGGAGGAUCACGUAGACUACGUGGAGAGCUACAGCCUCAUCGAGAAGCUCACCAAGAAGUUCCAGGAGGCCUUUUGUGCGGUUGUGUCGGACCUAUGCGCGACUGGUGAUCAUGACUGUGAGCACAUUUGCAUCAGCACACCCGGAUCUUUCAAGUGCGCCUGCAGAGAGGGCUUUACACUCAUGAAUGACAGCCGAUCAUGCUCAGCUUGCAGUAAUGCAGCCACAGAUGUGGUCUUCCUGAUCGACGGCUCCAAGAGUGUGAGACCCGAGAACUUCGAGCUGGUAAAGAAAUGGAUCAACCUGAUUAUCGACAAACUGGACGUGUCAGAAACCAACACCCACGUGGGACUGGUGCAGUACUCCAGCACUGUGAAGCAGGAGUUCCCACUGGGACGCCACAACAGCAAACGAUCCCUGAAAGAAGCUGUGAAAAGGAUGGACUACAUGGAGAGGGGAACCAUGACAGGACAUGCCCUCAGUUUCCUGGUGGACAACAGCUUCGGUCCUAACCAGGGCGCCAGACCAGGAGUGCCGAAAGUCGGUAUUGUCUUCACAGACGGCAGGUCGCAGGACUACAUCGGAGAUGCCGCCAAGAAAGCCAAGGCGCUAGGCUUUAAAAUGUAUGCUGUGGGAGUCGGCAAUGCAGUUGAGGAUGAGCUGAGAGAGAUCGCCUCUGAACCGAUCGCUGACCAUUACUUCUACACGGCUGACUUCAAAACCAUGAACCAAAUUGCCAAGAAGCUGCAAAUCAACGUUUGUCAAGAGGAAGAUCCCUGUGAAUGUAAUUCCAUUACCAAGUUCCAGAAAAAGGUGGAGGAAGCACUACAGGCGUUAACAAAGAAAUUGGAAGCUGUGACGAAGAGGAUCGCUGCCCUGGAGAACAAGAUCGUUUGAGAUGGCGGCAACAUCUAAUCCUUACACUGCCAUUCUUUUCAAUACUUGUAAAAACCCAAACGCCUCCUGUGACCUCUUAAGUCUGUCUUCUCCAUUGCAUCUCUUUCUGCUUCUCUGCCUUCAUCGCUAUUGUCCAUAGGGAUGGAGCACUGAAAAAAGCUGAAGGUGUCGAUUCUCAACCAGUCAUCCCUCAUAACAAAACCCUGUGUGCGUUGAGUACAUAAAUCCACCCAUAUCCACCGUCUUCACACACAAGCUGGACAAUAAGGUCUUCUUUAUGGGGACGUGGUGUGUAAAUUAACUGAAGAAACCGCGUGUUGCCCCUGAAAUAUUCUUUUAUAUGAAGUAUAUAUAUGAUGGUAAUUUAAUAUAAAGAUUGGACUUGAAAUAAAUGCGGGAAUGCUUGAUUAUCCACACAUACGCAGACAUGCCACAAACACACACACACACGGGUAAACAUACACCGACUAUACAAAUGCUAACCAUACGGCUUGUGAUGAUUCAAUAAAGUCUCGUUUUGUGUCUGUG